AUGUUAGCGCAGCUAGCCUCCACAGGUGGCUACCCGGACAGACCCAGCCUGGAGCCAACAGUCUGCCACAAGUUAAGGACCGACUCUUUGACCGCCCUCCCCCUCUAUAUCUGCCCCUCUCCAGCCGUCCUCCUGUCCCCAACGCGCGGUGACCCCAUCAGCAUGACAAAGCACCGGCCGGGGCGCAGCCUCAUGGCACCACCCGCCCUGGGAGACCAUCACCUUGACUUGGCCGGCUGUCCCCCAAUCAGCCACGUAGCACGGAUCUCUCCAGGCCCGCAUUGGAGCCACCAGUACCAGGCUCAGAUGGUCCCCCAGCACCCGCCGUUGAGCUUCCAUAAGGCGGCUGCAGCAGCUCACCCGGAGGAGCACCUCAGUGGAACUUUGAUGGAUAAACUUCUCGAACCCGAGGCGUCAUACGGAAAUGCGCACCAAGGAGCGUGCAGCGGUGACCAGGAGACGACCGGUGCUAGAGGUGGAAAGAAGAAGAAGAACUACCAGCGGUACCCCAAACCACCAUAUUCAUACCUUGCAAUGAUCGCCAUGGUGAUUCAAAGGUCGCCAGAGAAGAAGCUGACUUUAUCCGAGAUUCUGAAGGAGAUCAGCACCCUCUUUCCCUUCUUUAAGGGCAACUACAAAGGCUGGAGGGAUUCCGUGCGACACAACCUGUCUUCCUAUGACUGUUUUGUCAAGGUGUUAAAAGACCCGGGCAAGCCCCAAGGCAAAGGGAACUUCUGGGCCGUGGAGCUGAGCCGCGUUCCCCUGGAGCUCCUGAAGAGGCAGAACACGGCGGUGUCGCGCCAGGAUGAGACCAUCUUCGCUCAGGAUCUGGCCCCUUACAUCCUGCAGGGACACAAGCCAGAAGCUGAUCCGCCACCCCCGCCGCCCAACCCCAUGACCACCCUCCCUCCUUCUAGUAACCUCUCCCCACCCCAUGAGGACUUGUUCCGACCCAAGCUGGACUCAUCCUUCGCUAUCGACUCUUUGCUGCACAGCUUUCGCCCCACCAGUGGCUCGGGGGAGGUGGACAUGGGUAUGAGAGACUGUUGGGUGGAGGCCGAGCACCCCAGGCUGUCGCCCCCACCGCGGCCCCGCUACGCCUCAUCUGCACGCAGUGCUUCUGCCAGCUCGGCUAGCCCCGCCUCCACCUCAUCCUCUUCCUCUGAGGAGGAAUGGAAAAGGGUGUCCCAACACGGGAAGCGUCUCCCCCCCGACGGGGAAGCAGGGUCAGACGAUUAUGAGGACUACAAACCACCGCUACACAAAUCAGCACGGCGGGAUGCCGCCGCCCCCCCUUGGGAGCUGCCCACCUCCUACGCCAAAUACGCCCCACCCAACGCCGUCGCCCCGCCAAGCAUGCGCUUCAACGGGGGUCCUCUCAUGCCCCUACAUGGCGGACUCCCUCUUUACGCCUAUGGCAACUCUCACAUGGCUCCAGGUCACUUUCUGGGCCACGCUUACUGGCCCAUUCUCCCCAGUGGGCGGGUGUCCGUGCAAGCCCCGCCUCUCAUUAUGGACUUGGACAACAUGCUGCAGUCUGUGCCGCCAAAUAAGAGCGUGUUUGACGUGCUCAUGGCAACCAAUCAGAACUCCCAUCACCAGCCAGCCAGUCAGUACACCAUGCAGAAUGGGGCGCCCCUAAACCGGUACCCUCAGUACUGA